CAUGCGUGAGGCAGACACUCUCUCAAGAGCUGUGCAAAAUGUGGGGUGCCGUGCGUUCAGUUUCCCGCGCUGACUGCGGCUCUAACAGCUGUUAGAUGAUAAUGGGACAUCAUUUCAUUUCAUUAUGGAGCGGCGGACACAUCAUAGAGCACACCUGAAAUGAAACAUUGAGAGGCCACCGCAGUUUCACGAGAAAGUUACGGCCGGAUGGAGCGCGUGUCUUCUGGAGGUGUUUCCCUGCCACAACUUCCCAAGGUCUUUGCACCAUAGAUAAAAAGUCUCUUUCACGAACAUGAGUUGGAGCUUUCUCACUCGUCUUCUGGAGGAAAUCCACAACCACUCCACGUUUGUGGGGAAAGUGUGGCUGACUGUGUUAAUAAUUUUCCGCAUCGUUCUGACAGCGGUGGGAGGUGAGUCGAUAUACUCAGAUGAGCAGACAAAGUUCACCUGCAACACCAAGCAACCUGGCUGUGACAACGUAUGCUACGAUUCCUUUGCCCCACUCUCACAUGUCCGGUUCUGGGUGUUCCAGAUAAUUAUGAUAUCCACCCCUUCUGUCAUGUACCUGGGAUAUGCCAUCCAUAAGAUUGCGCGUUCCUCGGAGGAGGAACGUCGCAAGCACAAGAGACAUCAGAAGAGGAGUUGCCACAGCCGGUGGAGAGAUGGACAAGCAGAGGUUUUAGAGGACGAUGAUGAUGAUGCAGAGCCAAUGCUCUAUGAAGAAGACACCCUGGAUGCACAGGAAGUCAAACCAGAAAAAGACAAGAGCAAAAAGCAAGAUCUCGUGAAGCACGAUGGCCGACGCAGAAUCAUGAAAGAAGGGUUGAUGAGGAUGUAUGUGCUUCAGCUUUUAUCCCGUGCCAUCUUUGAGAUAGGAUUCCUCACCGGUCAGUAUCUCCUUUACGGCUUCCGUGUGAACCCCUCGUACGUCUGCAACAAGAUCCCAUGUCCACAUCGAGUAGACUGCUUUGUUUCAAGACCCACAGAGAAGACCAUAUUUUUGCUCAUUAUGUAUGUCGUUAGCUGUCUUUGUCUUCUGCUUAAUGUUUGUGAGAUGUUCCAUUUGGGAAUUGGUGCUUUUCGCGACACCCUUCGUAAGCAUCGAAGCCAAGGCAGACAACCUUCCUAUAGCUAUCCUUACUCCAGGAACAUUCCAGCUUCUCCGCCAGGGUACAACCUAGUGAUCAAAGCAGACAAACCAGGUUGCAUUCCCAACAGCAUCCUCUCACAUGAUCAGAACUUGUCCAGUGUGGUUCUCGAGCGACAUUGCAUAAGUCCCGAUGAGAACAUUCCAUCUGACCUGGCUAGCUUGCACCACCAUUUACAGGUAGCUCAAGAACAACUGGACAUGGCUUUUCAGACAUAUAGAAAACAAAACGCUCAGACUUCUAGAACCAGCAGCCCUGUGUCUGGUGGCACAAUAACAGAGCAGAACCGGGUCAACACAGCCCAGGAGAAGCAGGGUGCACGACCUAAGGCCAGCACAGAGAGGGCUGGGACAAUAGUAAAAAAUGGAAAAACAUCUGUGUGGAUUUAGAUCUUAAUUGUUAACUUAUGACUUGACUACUCACACAGUUGACCAUCAUCUUCAACUUACUGUUACGGAUCAUUUGGUCAAAAAACACUGUCCCUGACACACCAAGCUACUGUUAGUGAGGGCAUGGUUGAACACCAUGUCCCCAAUGAUCCGAUGAACAUUAAUCAGCAUUAAAUAUACCUGCCUAGAUUUUUUUAGGGGUAGUAUUCAUUUCUGAAAAUGAGAACUUUCUUCUGAUUGCUUUACUUGUGCUCACCCAUCCCCAGAACAGGUCUUAAUGUGCUUCUAGUCAUAUUAUAGUAAGUGUUAUGUUUCUCUAAAUUCCAGCGCAUGCAAGUGUAUUGACCAUAUUGGAAGUCUGUUAAACAAUUUUGACAUUCAUGGAUCACUGAUAUCAUUAACUUUAUAGAAACAACCCAUAUGCAACUACUCUAUUCAAACCAAACAAGGAGGGAACUGAGAAGCUACAGUACCUUGACCCUAAAAAUAAAAUCCAUUGACAAAUGAUAUUAUCCCUACCUUUCUGUUUGACAUUCAGUUCUUAACGAUUAUGUUUAGUGCAAUGAGCAGUUCAUUACAGUACAUUUAGUGAGUUUGUUGGGGUGGUCUUAAUCAAUCUCUUUCAAUGUUUAUGAAAAUGUUUUGAUGAUGUAUUCAUUUAUGUUUCUCUAAUGUGGAACAGCUGGGGUUAGGGUUUAGGGUCAACCCUAACACUCUAAACAGCCUAACCACCAGCAAUAGUAAUUCAACUAGUUUUUGUGUUGUACAAUUGGAAAUUAAAUUCCUUAUUCAGACUUGAACCAAAUCCCAUCAAGUUACUUCACUGAUGCUGUUUUUGGCAGUUGGCUUGUUGAAUGUUGCCAUAUUUUUUCAAAAGUGAUGGCAGCUUUUGUGGCUCUGCUGCACUUUCUGCUCUCCAAAAUGAUAUAAAAUCACAAGUUUGACAUUUGUUUGAGAGCUUGUUGUAAGGUACACAUACAUAAAGAUGGCAGUUAUAAUUUCAAGGUCAUCCUUAAAGACCUCUUAUUUCUCAUGGCACCUUCCCUAUCUUUGGCUCUGGGGGGUAGUGCGGUUCCAAUUCAGAUAGGAUGCUGUCCAUUGUGUAAAGUGAGGCAAUCCCCAAUUUCUUCUAUUUGAAUAAAUAGCAAUAGUAAUGUGCUUUUAUAGCUUCCUGUUAUGAAAUUGGAAGUUUUUAUUCAGAUUUUUUUGCGUGAGAAGAGGUGUUCUAAGUAGAAUCAGACAUUGGGACCUACUUUAAGAGUGUUAGCGUUAAGCCCAGAUCUAUGCGAUGCGAUACACCAUGAGCACAAAGUUAAUGGGCAUGGCCAUGAAGUUUUGGUAUUUUUGGGCAAGCAGGCGCUUAGUCUAGGUGCAAGUGGGUUUUGUGAAAUUGCGUGAGCAAAGUGCUAAUGGACUGGGUCAAGUGCAAUUUAAUUGCUAUGAAAAACUUAAACCAAAAAUAUUUCUAAUUAUUUCCUAAAAAUAUUAGCAGACGCAGAAUAUAUUUUUUAAAAAAAAAUGUCAUUAAAACAAAAAGUGGUAAAAAAAUUCAAAUCAAAUAAAUAAAUUUAUAUGAUCAGCUACCCAAAUCCAUGAAGUUUACCUUCUCCAAAUUCUUCCACCGGCCUCUUUUGCAGUGACUUAAAAAUCACAUUAUGACAACAGGUGGAAAAAUAUUGAUGCAAAUUAGAUCAUAAAUACAAUUGCAAAAAUAAACAUAAUUAUAAUAAUUGAAAAAUUAUCCAUGAUCUCCAGAAGUUUAACUCAUACAUUUUCUUUCAUAAAACAGCUCCAACAGUGAUUGUCAGGGACAUUAUUUGAUUUUCACUAAAUUUUCAGAGUUUGGACAUGAACUUUAUUAGCACCUGCAGGUGGAAUCUCCAAACUGUAAAUGCAGGAACUGAUUUUAGACUUUGUGCUGAGAAUAUUGUUGCUUCUCAAACGUCUUAUGCCUCCUACACACUACACGACUUUCAAAGAUGUCGGAUUGUGGUAACAUUCAUAUUACACAACUGUCUGUCUUGUCAUGGAAGUCGUAGUUUUUUCAAAUUACACGAGGAUUCGGUGAGAGGGGUGAACACAUUACAAAACGAUUCACAAUUGACGAAUCCCCGACGACUUUGCCUGGACUUCAAAUUACAUUUCAUAAUAGAGUACACGCGAGAAGUGAUACGAGAUACUUAAAUGCAUGAUCAUAUGUUAUGCAUUUCAGAAUAUGAUGUGUAUGUUUUUAAUCAUAUAUUUUAUUGGUUACAAUAUGAAAAAGUACCUCCUACUCAAAAAUAUACCUAUUUGCUUACCUGACUGUCCAAGAGAAUUGGCAAUUUCUCUUCAACUCUUCUCUUUCUCCACCCGGUUGUGCUACAGUUCAGAUGAAACAUCAAAUAUGCACUGGUGUUCCUGCCAAUGUUCCACUAAUUUUUCCUCCAACUCUUUGGUCCAAUGAGACUUUCUUGAAGCCGCAGUCAUGCUAGUUGAUGUUCAGUAGCAGGUACGUCAGGACUCCUCACACUGAAACUUCACAUGCCCCGUUUCUUACUCUCUCAUUGGCUGUAGGUCAACGUUGCAGUUGUAUUCAGUCAAAACACAUUUCACAUUGAGCGAUUUGGAAUCGCAGACAGGUCCAGAUAUUUAACAUGCUAGAUAUCUCGCUGACAUCGGCGAUGCAUCGGCUUCUCUCAAAUCGCAUCUUUGAUCAUUUAUACAUUGCGAUCGUCAUUCACGGGAGCGAGCUCCGAUUUGCCUGUGAUUUCAGGCUUUUGUCGGUGAUCUUAACAAAACUGUCGGCGAGUGAAAAUCGGGCCUAAAAUCGUGUAGUGUAAACUCGCCAUUACUGCAGGAAAAUAGCAAACUGUGUGUUGCGCCACUUCAUUAACAUACAAUACACCCACAGUUUGCAUGCAUACAGAUUUCGUGUUCUCCUAAGAUGGAUAUUGUUUUCAGGUUCUUGUUUCUUAUCAAAGUGGGUUAUGUUGAUUAAAUUAUACAAUUAUUGAAUACAAUACUUUAGCCAGAAUGUUAGCAUGAGACAGGGCAGGUGAGGGCCAUUUCAUCACUGCACACCUUGUUUAGGAGUAGGACUUGAUUGCUUCAUUUUAGUGUAAGGAGGAAUGGCUACUGUAUGCGCACUAUUUCUGGGAAUGGUAAAUAUGGCUUAGCUUUAUUUUCUAUUGAUUUGCAAGACCAUAAUGCAUACAUUGUAUCUUUGAGCUGUCUUGAGUAACUUGUAUACUGGUUAUAUUAGGAUUAAUUGUAUUAUGAUAUCAAGCAGCUGAAAUUGUCAAAAUACUAAAGAAAAAUUUUUUUAUCACAGGUUUUGAAGGCUGUGCAAUAUUUAUUACAGGUAGAAAAGAAAAGAUUAUAAAGACUAAGCUGUAUAUGUUUUUAAAAUAAAUUUUAGAAUUACUCUUCCAAAACGUGCCUUUACUAAUUAAGACUGUAAUUAUAAUGGUUUGUUUAUGAUUAUGAUUAAUAAUAAAUUAACUUUAGGAUUACAUUAUCAUGACCCGUGAGAGUGUUUAGAAUCAUUAAUCAAAUACAAUACAUACUGGAUAUCACAGAUAAG